AGCUUGGUGCGAGCUGAGGAUGAGAAUGAGAAUGAAUGAAUGAAUGAGCGAACUAAGACAAAUGAGACAAGGCAGCUGACAAUAUUCUAAUACAACAUCUUUUCUCUUUAGAAGAUUUUAUUGUUCAUCAUUCUUUUAGAUAGACUAGAUCUUGUGAGUAGAUACAGAUCGUUCCUCUGCAGAUUGCAUUUAAAUCAUUCACCGGUUGUUGUUAUUGUUGUCUUCAAUAUAUCAAGGCUAACGAAAAUCGCGGGCGAAGAUUUCCAUCUUUUCCAUACCAAUAGGUCAUUUUGGUAGGAUUACAAUACAUCGAUUUAUCAUGAGAUAAGACUCAACGGAUUAUCUUCAAAUAAACAUAACCGUCAACUCCUUUACCGACCUCACCUUAUAUCAUCAUGUCGACUCCCUCCUCCUCUCGACCUUCGCCAGUCCCAAUGAGUUCUUCACCAACACCAGAUUCAUUUAGAGGGCGGUCGGGAAGCCCAUCUUCAAGAGAUAAAUCGACCGCUCGAUUAGCUUCACCAGUACCUUCUCAUCAAGGCACGCCGCAGAUUCGCCAGAUAUCUACUCCUAAACAAUUCGCCGCGUCGGACUCAUCCGAAAAUAUUCCCCCAUUGCCCCUGGCUGGCGCAGGUGGCCCGGCAUCCUAUGCGACUGGCCCAGGCAUUAGUGCGUUAGCUGCUGCUCUUUCGAACUCUAUCGGACAAACUCCUCCCAGCUUUGGAACACCUCCCAUCCGUCCAUUAUCACCAGCCGCUGCCGGCAAACAGAUACAAGGCACAGGAGUGCAUAGCAAUUACGGCUCUAUCCCACGAUCUGUGCAAGGAGGGCAAGGAUGGGCUGGCCCGACAGCCUACGAAGACCCAGAAAUUAUAAAGAGGCACUUGGUACAACCAGUGCCUUCGCAGCUAGGGGGUGACGGUGCUGGUGAUGGGAUCUUUGGACCAAGCGGACAAUCACCAUCAUUCCGUGUGGGUUCUCCAGCUAGUACAUCGAAGCAAGCAAUUGAAAAUGUAGCACCUGGGCUAGAUGACGACGAGUUCUCAAGUCUGCGAUUACAGGGUGGUGAUGUUACUAGGCCUAUAUACAGAUGGACCGAGGAUGCCCACAGAGCAAGUCGAUCUCAGAGAAGUAAGAGCUUCCAUAUUUCGCGACCAGAAGCAGAGAACGAAGUCCUUGACAUAGGUACAAUCAAAGUGCCAGGCGGUUUCAGACGAAACUAUCUACGCCGAGCAGCAGGCAGCCCAACUCCUGAAGGUCUGGACAUGGAAGAAGGUGGAGGGCUUACGCAACGACAGCCAAAGAUAUUUACCAACAACUUCCUCGAGUUUUUGACUAUCUACGGUCACUUUGCCGGUGAGGAAUUGGAAGAAGACGACGAGGUGCUCGGGCCUGAUGAAUACUUUGGAUCGGAUGCGGUCUCUGAUGACUAUGGUGAUGGUAGUGACGAAGACAGAGAGCCCAUGGAAAAUAGUGCUCUGCUCACACCUGGUCGCCGGAAAAGAAAGCGCAAGGAGCGCGCACCACAGGGAACAACCACUCCUUUCCAAGCUUCGUUGUUAUUGCUUAAAUCUUUCGUUGGCACUGGUGUGUUAUUCCUACCGAAAGCGUACCUCAACGGCGGAAUGCUUUUCAGUAACAUCAUCCUUCUGUGCGUUGCACUUUUGAGUUAUUACUGUUUCGUAUUGCUCGUCAAUACGCGGCUAAAGGUUGAAGCGUCAUUUGGUGAUAUGGGAGGUGUUCUAUAUGGAAGAUGGAUGCGAACAGUCAUUCUCGCAUCGAUCGUUAUUAGUCAGAUGGGAUUCGUGGCUGCAUAUAUUGUAUUCACAUCGGAGAAUCUGCAGGCCUUUAUAGCAGCUGUGACUAAUUGUAGAGUUCACUGGGAGGUCUCAUGGUUGAUCUUGCUUCAGAUGGCUAUUUUCUUGCCAUUCUCUCUUUUGCGCGAUAUCAGCAAGCUUGGGUUUACCGCACUAAUCGCAGAUGCGUUCAUUCUUAUCGGCUUGAUUUAUCUCUAUUACUACGACAUUUUCACAAUUGUGAAACAGGGUGGUAUCUCUGAUAUCGUCAAUUUCAAUCAGCAAGACUGGACAUUGUUCAUUGGUACCGCCAUUUUUACUUUCGAAGGAAUCGGCCUGAUCAUACCUAUUCAAGAAUCCAUGAAGAAUCCGAAGAAAUUUCCUCCCGUUCUUGGUAUGGUCAUGAUCAUCAUCAGCGUAGUAUUCAUCUCCAUGGGUGCUCUUUCGUACGCUGCAUUUGGGUCCCAUGUAGAAACAGUUGUUCUACUCAAUCUUCCCCAGGAUGACAAGAUGGUUAAUGGGGUCCAGUUCCUCUACUCAUGCGCUAUUCUUCUAUCAACUCCCCUACAGAUCUUUCCGGCCAUUAGAAUUACAGAAAAUGAACUCUUUACCAAAAGCGGAAAAUACAACCCUUAUAUCAAAUGGCAGAAGAACGUUUUUCGCUUCUUCGUCGUUGCUCUCUGCGCGUCUAUCGCUUAUGUUGGUUCCAAUGAUUUGGAUAAAUUCGUCUCGAUUGUGGGAAGUUUUGCUUGCAUUCCGUUGGUCUUUAUAUACCCGGUAUGUACUUCCUUUCACGCCCAUUGCGGAUCCUCUCCGCAGUGGCAUACUUCAAAUUCCUACAAGUGACAAACUAACGAUUCAACAGCCAAUGCUUCAUUACCGCGGUGUAGCCAGAACGCGUUUCCGCAAAGGGGCGGACAUCUUACUCUGUAUAUUCGGCCUGGUGGUCAUGGUGUACACUACAGCAUUAACCGUCAUCAGCUGGACAAGUGCUGCUGAUAAUGUCCCGAACGUAGGCUAUUGUGAUAGGAAAGAUAGAGCAGGGGGGGAGUUGCCAAUGUUUUAAUCGCAUACAGCAUUAUCUCACAGGCAAGGUGGGAAGUCAAGAUGUGGAGCUUGUAUGCAUGUAUAAAUUGAAUACACACAUACAUACAAUGGAUCGGCUUUUUUUCUUCUUUUUUUUGUGUUUUAUGAUAUUAGAUUACUGAGAAUUCUUGAUGGAUUGUAUGGGCUGAUUGGAAGCAUAGCGUUGCGUUGCGCUGGACAUGGGUAUCUUUUAGUUUUCUUUCAUUUUUGGGUGUCGUUACUUAAUUGUUGUUAUAGAUGUUGAAAUCAUGAUACAUUCACAUUGACCUUGCUGAUUUAAUUUUUCUUUUAUUUUCUUUUUCUCUUUUUCUUUGGUUAUAUAUUUUGAUCCUACUGCGUAGAUUGUGGACAUAUACUAUU